AUGGCCGUCACAAAGACUACCACCGAAGAGGGCAACGGGCCCCAGGCCCAGCCCCACCAGACCGUCACCAUCGAGUACACCGGCUGGCUCAAGGACACCAGCAAGCCUAACAACAAGGGCACCCAGUUCGACUCUUCGGUUGGUCGCGGCGACUUCGUUACCCAGAUUGGUGUCGGCCAGGUCAUCAAGGGCUGGGAUGAGGGUGUCACUCAGAUGAAGGUUGGUGAGAAGGCUACUCUGGACAUCACCAGUGACUACGGCUACGGCCCUCGCGGCUUCACUGGUCACAUUCCCCCCAACGCUGACCUGAUCUUCGACGUUCACCUCAAGAAGGCCCAGUAG